AUGUAUUGCAUAUUACAAAAAAUAAUGCCUAAUGCCACAUGGAGCCAUUGUUUUUUAGAUCGAGAAGCUCUUGAGUCAAAAGAUUUACCUCCUGUUAUCAAAACCAGCAUUAAAGUUGUAAAUUCCAUUAAAGGAAGAGCCUUGCAGACCCGCAUUUUUCGAAAAAUCUGCGAAGGCAUGGGUGCUUUAUUUGAAAAUCUUUAUACCCAAGUAAGUAAUUUGCAAGGUCGUGACAUUAAUAUAAUUACAGCCACAGAUAAAAUUAAGGAGUUUCUAAAAAAAUCGAUUUAUGGUCGACUUGGCAAAAAGCAGCUCAACCCAUUCCAGUGCUUUCAGGAAAUUAUGGAAGAUGUAUUCAGUUACAAUGCUACAAAUUUUGAACAAGUUUUUGCAGGCACGCAAGUUACUUUGCUCAAUUUAAAACAACAGCUCUGUGAUUAUUUCCGUGAAGAAAUUCAAAACAGUUUCGACAGUUGCAGAUGGGUACUGAAUACGUUUUUAUCCGAUUCCUUUCAACAUGUUGAAAUACCAAUAAACAGGAUAGAAAAACUUAUUGAAAUAUCUAGUGAUGGAAUGUUGAAACUCCAAUUUUUUUCCCAGAACCCGGACGAAUUUUGGUCCAAAAGGAUUCAGGAAUACCCUCAGGUGGCGAAUCAUAUUUAUGCAAGUUAA